UUCAAGACGCCAUUUUGCCCAUUUACCCCCUUUUUCAGCUCCACUGGUGCAGGCCCACUGUGACGUCCACACAUCCUUCUCCAGUUUGAGUUUCUUAAUGGGUGAUACAUGAUUUGGCAGUGUUGUGCAGUCAUAAUGGUACAAAUGAAAAAAAAAAAAAAAAAAAAUCAUCUGCUUGCUAGUCUGAUGUGCAGCUGUCCUAUUUCCAAAUGCAGACAUUAUUUUAAGUUAGAACAUGUGAAAUACUGAUCCCAAGAUGAGCACAUUUAAAAGGGAAUUAAAGCCACAAGAAUGCAGAGUCCCCUGCUGCAAUGACGAGGGAAACAGCUUAAAUCAGGCUAAUUUUGUUGGUGGGUAGCUGCUGAGGAGGAGAAUCCAGUGGAGUUAAAGCCCCAGUGUGGAACGUUUCAUCACAUUAGGGUUACAGAGAGGAAAGAUAAAUCGAAUAUAAGAUAAGCUCAAGUGUUACGUGACACGAUGUGAUAGUGUUAAUAUUACACAACAAUAGCAUAUUAACACAUGAGAUGGCGUCAUUCACUCGCAGCAUCUGGACUCACUUUUAGAACCACCAGUGUCUUGACGGCACGGGCUCCUCACGCUUGUUUCACGAGGCUUCAAGCUGCGUCAGGCCCGGGGGCGCUGGAAUCGAACCCGCACCCGGUCAGAGAUCUGGGUCUUGGUUUAUUAAGCGUGCGCACGUAUGAAGUGUUACAUGCGUGAAUAUUUGCAUAAAGUUUGAGAUCAAUAAAAAGACAACUUGACGUGGAAAUGGGUGAACCGGUCCAAAAACGUGAAAACACCGAACUCUUGUCCGUCUCUCAUGCGGAAUUGCUGCGUAAAACCAAGAUCGGACCAGACUGUUCACUCUCAAUAUUAAUGUUUUACUGCGGGUUUUGAAAGACACGUGCCAGGUGUGUGCGUAAACUUCACCAAGACUAAAACAGGACUGAACUAAUUAAACUAUCUAAACCAGGACUAGAACAGAAGUAGACCAGGACAGGACUAAAAAAAAAAAAAAAGACUAAACCCGGGACUAAACACAGGACUGAACACUGUCUGAACCAGGGCCUGGAGUGUGGGCGCGUGCCUAAUUUUCCAGCUGAGGCGCGUGCGCGUGGUCCCCUCCUCCGCUGGUCCUCCCCCGGUGCCGUGCGCUUGUCUGCUCUACUCGGGGUUUCCUCCAUCGGAACCUCUCAGACUCACCGCAGAGUCCGCUCUUCGGUGCUGCUCUCCGGGUCACAUCCAGCGGAGCUCCUCCACCCCUCCCCGGACUUUACGCACUCUCACCCCGGGACUUUGUGAACUUUUCCUCUGUGUAUAUCCAUUCCUCUCCUUCUCCGGAGCUCCUCGCUCUUCCACGCAGAUCCAAAGCUUAAUAGUCCGGUCCGCUUCCUCUGCUCUUCUGGAGGUCUUCUGGAGUUCUUCUGGAGGUCUUCUGGAGGUCUUCAGGGAUGGGCUGGAGGCUCGUGCUCCUGGUGUCGGCGCUGAUCUCGGGGCUGGGGGUGCACGGGAUCACGGAUGGAGCGGACAUCCAAGUGAUCGAUGUGCUGGCGCUGCAGGAGGCGAGGCAGUCGGCAGCAGCGGUGGAGAAGUUGUGGGCAGGGCUGAGCAUGCUCAGUGACGUCUACCUCGUGUCAACUCUGAAGCUGCCGCCAAAACUGGGCGGAGUUUUGUUUGGCCUCUACGACAAACAGGACCACAGCAAGAUCCUGGAGGUGGCGCUCAUGGGCAAGAUCAACAAAGUGCUGGUGAGGUAUGUUCGUGCUGAUGGUCGGCUGCACACGCUGAACCUUCAGAACGCGCCGCUGGCUGAUGGGCGGAGCCACAGCCUGGUGCUGCGAUUGGGAGGUCUGCGGCGCCAGAGCCUCAGCGCUGAGCUGUAUGUUGACUGCCGAUUGGCCGAUUCUGCCUCAUCACUUCCUGCUCUGGGGAACCUGCCCGAAGACAGUGAGACGGUGGAUGUCAGGCAUGGACAGAAGACUUACGCACGAGUCCAGGGUUCAGUGCAGUUCUUGAGUCUGGUGCUAGGGGGCAGUGUGGCCAAAGCGGGCGCUCUGGCUGAUUGUCCGUUCCAGGAUUCGUCGAAUGCCGUCAGCAGUGACGUCGGUGCCAUCCUCGGAGACCAUCUGAAGGCUCUCAUCGGUCAGCUCAUUAUCUUCAACCAGGUGCUCGGAGAACUGAGACAGGACAUCCGAGAACAGGUGAAAGAAAUGUCUCUGAUACGAAACACCAUCCUAGAGUGUCAGGUUUGUGGUUUCCAUGAGCCGCGCUCGCGCUGCUCUCCUAACCCCUGCUUUAAGGGCGUGGCCUGUGUGGAGAGUUUACAGUUCCCAGGAUUCACCUGUGGUCCGUGUCCCACCGGGUUUGAAGGCAACGGGACACACUGCGAGGACGUGGACGAGUGCUCUGUGUGGCCGUGUCAUGACCCCGCCCUCUGCAUAAACACGGUGGGGGGAUUCUCGUGUGGUCCCUGUCCCUCCGGCCUGUGGGGGGCGCCCGUGAGUGGUACCGGCCUCAGCUUCGCCAAGACCCACAGACAGGAGUGUUCUGACAUCGAUGAGUGUGUGGACCUGCCCGACGCCUGUACUCCCAACUCUGUGUGCAUCAACACUGUGGGUUCGUACAAAUGUGGUGGCUGUAGACCCGGUUUCCGUGGGAACCAGACCUCAGGAUGUUUUGCACGAAAGUCCUGUUCCGGUCUGACCUUUAACCCCUGUGACGCCAACGCCCACUGCACCCUGGAGCGCAGCGGAGAGGUCACCUGCACGUGUAAUGUAGGCUGGGCGGGGAAUGGAAACACGUGUGGACUGGACACAGACAUCGACGGUUUUCCCGAUCGUUCUCUUCCCUGUGAGGACACGCACCGCCACUGCAGACAGGACAACUGCGUCCUGACCCCGAACAGCGGUCAGGAGGACGCCGACGGGGACGGGAUCGGAGACCAGUGCGACGAGGACGCAGACGGAGACGGUAUCAAGAACGUCGAGGAUAACUGCCGCCUCGUCCCAAACAAAGACCAGCAGAAUUCGGACUCGGACUCGUUUGGGGACUCGUGCGAUAACUGUCCCACAGUCCCAAACCCAGAUCAGAAAGACACGGACUCCAAUGGACAGGGAGACGCCUGCGACCAGGACAUUGAUGGGGACGGGAUCCCUAACGUUCUGGAUAACUGUCCAAAAGUUCCAAACCCAAUGCAGACGGACCGAGACCGAGACGGAGUGGGAGACGCCUGUGACAGCUGCCCAGAGCUCAGCAACCCCAUGCAGGACGAUGUGGACAGUGAUCUGGUGGGAGACGUCUGCGAUACAAACCAAGACACAGACGGAGACGGGCUCCAGGACUCGCGGGACAACUGCCCCGACCUCCCGAACAGCGCUCAGCUCGACACCGACAAUGACGGUCUGGGGGACGCCUGCGACCACGACGAUGACAACGACGGCGUGUUGGACGACCAUGACAACUGUCGACUCAUCCCCAACCCCAACCAGAGAGACACGGACCUGGACGGCGUGGGGGACGUGUGUGAGCUGGACUUCGAUAAUGACGCGGUGCAGGACGCGAUCGACGCUUGUCCUGAAAACGCUGAGGUCACGCUCACCGACUUCAGAGCCUUUCAGACCGUCAUCCUCGACCCCGAGGGAGACGCACAGAUAGACCCCAACUGGGUGGUGCUCAACCAGGGGAUGGAGAUCGUGCAGACCAUGAACAGUGACCCUGGACUCGCUGUGGGUUACACAGCGUUUAAUGGUGUGGACUUCGAGGGCACUUUCCACGUAAACACAGUCACUGAUGAUGACUACGCCGGCUUCAUCUUCGGAUACCAAGACUCCGCCUCUUUCUAUGUGGUCAUGUGGAAACAGACAGAGCAGACGUACUGGCAAUCCGUGCCGUUCCGUGCCAACGCAGAGCCUGCUCUGCAACUCAAGGCGGUGAAGUCGGACACAGGCCCUGGGGAGUACCUGCGUAACGCCCUGUGGCACACAGGGGACACGACAGGACAGGUGCGGCUCCUGUGGAAGGACCCAAGGAACCAGGGCUGGAGGGACAAGACCUCGUACAGGUGGAGCCUGAGCCACCGACCACAAGUCGGGUACAUCAGGCUCAGGCUGUUUGAGGGCUCACACCAGGUCGCAGACAGUGGGGUGCUCCUGGACUCCACCAUGAGAGGAGGACGACUCGGAGUCUUCUGCUUCUCUCAGGAGAACAUCAUCUGGUCCAACCUGCGCUACCGCUGCAAUGACACAAUUCCUGAGGAUUUCCAGAUUCAUCGGAAACAAGUCCUGAUGCACAUCAAAGUCUGACCGAUGUCCAGGUCUGAACCAGGAUCAGAGCCUUUAGUCCCUGUGUUUCUUUGGCUCACACAGACAGUUCUCACGAGUGUCUCUGAGAAGACUCGCUCGACACUGAUCCAAGUCUCUGUAAAUAAAAUCUGUUUUUGUUUCUGAUUCAAACAUUAAAGUGUUUCUACAGUGAGCCGCUCCCGAGGCUCUGCACCAAGGUCUAUGUAAAAAGAAUGUUUUGAUAAAUAAACGUCUGUCCACACGACAGGUGAAUGUC